GUUAAACUGAUAUUCACUGUCAAAAGGGUCACUAUUAUCAUUAUCACAAUUUACAUUGUGAUAUUGUCGGGCUACAUGGCGCCAGUCUACUACACGACUAGAUUCGCCAUGUUACCACACCCAAGGAAACCCAACACGACCUGGCUAGGAAUUGCAUACACCGAAGACCAGCCGGUCGUUGAGAAGUUUUCGUUUGCCAUCAACAACUGUUUGAUUCCCUUCACCACAUUCACUAUCAUCUCUGUAUCAACUGUUGUUAUGGUUAACUCCUUGCGGAGAAAAACAAAAUGGCGUAAAAUAUCAACCGGACCAAACAAUUCUAGUUCACCUUCUAGCCGGGAUAAAUCUGUUUCCAAGAUGGUUGUGCUAAUUGCCAUUCUAUUUAUUGUCUGUUAUGCUCCUGUCUGCCUGCUGUUUAUUGGGAAACUUGUAGUUCCAGACAUUUCUAUACUUGGUAGCUAUAGGAACCUGAAUGGUGUCCUUAUCUCAUUCGCUUACAUGUUGGAGACAAUCAAUGCUUCUUUCAACAUCUUUAUCUACUACAAUAUGAGCAGUAGAUACAGAGAGGCCUUCAGACUCUUUAUUUGUUUUAUAAUCAUGAAAGAUCAAGCACACGAAAUAAAAUGA